CUCAUUUCCCACGCCUCUCUCUCUCUCUCUCUCUCCUCUCUCUUCCUAUCUCUUUCUCUGCAACAUCGCAGAAGCAUUCGUUUUAAGGAUUUCGUUUCUUUUCUUCUUUAUAUCUUUCUGAAACUCUCUCUUUGUUUAUUUCUAUUCUUCGUUUUAUUUUCUGCAACUCUCUCUCUCUCUCUCUCUCUCUCUCUCUCUCUCUCUCUGUAUUCACUUCAAGUCUAAAUCUCUAUUACCCGUAAUCUUAACAUAAAGGAAUCGGAGCUGUUUUUAUAUCGAGGAAAUUAUCGAUCGACAAAGCUGAAAAAAGAGGUGCGUCUUGUUUCCUGUCAGUUUUUGUCAGCUUGUAUCUAAAUAUCCCUUCAUCUGCCUCCCACCACUUUGACGAAAUCUUCGUGAUAGAAAUGAGCAAUCUCAAGUUAGGGGUGGAGGUCACGAGUGCCCACAACCUUAUGCCUAAAGAUGGGCAGGGCUCAUCUAGUGCCUUUGUGGAGCUUCACUUUGAUGAACAGAGGUUCCGCACCACUAUCAAAGAAAAGGAUCUUGACCCUGUUUGGAAUGAGACUUUCUAUUUCAACAUUUCUGAUCCUGACAACCUAUCUAACAUCACUCUUGAGGCCUAUGUCUACAACAGCAACAAAACCACUCACUCCAAAUCAUUUCUUGGGAAGGUUUGCAUUACAGGGACGUCGUUUGUCCCCUACUCUGAUGCUGUUGUUUUGCCUUACCCUUUAGAAAAACGAGGCAUUUUCUCACGUGUAAAAGGAGAGCUCGCCCUGAAAGUCUUUGUCACCGAUGACCCUUCAAUUAAGUCUUCAAACCCGCUUCCUGCAAUGGAAUCUUCUUCAUAUACAAAUUCACACUCAAGCCAAAGCCAAGCACCUGCCCGAAAAAUUCCAAACUUUGUUCCAAACCCAUUUUCUAAUGACAAAAAUGAAUCAAGACACAAAUUUCACCAUCUUCCCAACUCAAAUAACGCACAACAGCCUCAAUUUUAUUCAGUAGCCACCCGACAACAGGUGAAUUAUGGGAUUGAUGCAAUGAGAUCUGAGCCUCGGGCUCCAAAUAUUGUUCGCAUGUACUCAGGUUCAUCGUCACAGCCAAUUGAAUAUGCUCUUAAAGAGACAAGCCCUUUUCUUGGAGGGGGACAGAUUGUUGGGGGACGAGUUAUACGGUCAGACAAACCAGCCAGCACUUACGACCUUGUUGAGCCAAUGCAGUUUCUUUUUGUACGAGUUGUGAAAGCACGCGACCUUCCUUCCAAAGAUGUUACCGGCAGCCUUGACCCUUAUGUUGAAAUAAAGGUUGGAAACUACAAAGGAGUCACAAAUCACUUUGAGAAAAAUAAAAAUCCGGAGUGGAACACAGUGUUUGCCUUUGCAAAAGAGAGAAUGCAGUCAGAUGUCCUGGAAGUUGUGGUUAAGGAUAAGGAUCUGGUGAAAGAUGACUUUGUUGGGACUGUUAGGUAUGAUCUCCAUGAGGUACCCACCCGAGUUCCUCCAGAUAGUCCAUUGGCUCCAGAAUGGUAUCGUCUUGAAGACAAGAAAGGGGAGAAGAAUAAUGGGGAGCUGAUGCUUGCUGUUUGGAUCGGCACUCAAGCUGAUGAGGCUUACCCUGAUGCUUGGCAUUCAGAUGCAGCAAGCGCUGUUGAUAGCUCAGUUCCAUCCACACAUAUCCGCUCAAAAGUCUACCAUUCCCCAAGAUUAUGGUAUGUUCGUGUGAAUGUGAUCGAGGUGCAAGACUUGAUUGUAGCUGAGAAGACUCGUUUUCCAGAUGUAUAUAUUAAGGCACAAAUUGGCAACCAGGUUUUGAAGACAAGGCCAGUUCAAACACGGACUAUGAAUGCUAUGUGGAAUGAGGACCUGAUGUUUGUUGCUGCUGAACCCUUCGAAGAUCAUCUAAUCCUUUCAGUUGAAGAUCGCAUGGGUCCCAACAAAGCUGAAAUCUUUGGAAGGGUCAUUUUACCACUGAAUUAUGUGCAGAAGCGUGCUGAUGAUCGAAUUGUACACUCUGAAUGGUUCCACCUCCAAAAACCAAGUGCUACUGAUGUGGAGGAGAAGAAAAAGAAAGAUAAGUUUGCUACUAGGCUUCAUCUCCGUGUCUGUCUGGAUGGAGGGUAUCAUGUGCUUGAUGAGUCAACUCACUACAGCAGUGAUCUCCGACCCACAGCGAAACAGCUCUGGAAGCCAUCAAUAGGUAUCUUGGAACUUGGCAUUUUAAACGCAGAUGCCCUCCACCCAAUGAAAACCAGAGAUGGAAGGGGUACAUCAGACACAUAUUGCGUAGCAAAGUAUGGCCACAAAUGGGUUCGGACACGAACUAUCAUCGACAGUUUAAACCCAAAGUACAAUGAGCAGUACACUUGGGAGGUUUUUGAUCCGUCCACGGUUGUCACUGUGGGUGUUUUUGAUAACAGUCAGCUUGGUGACAAGGGUUCAAAUGGUAACAGAGACAUGAAAAUUGGGAAGGUUCGGAUUCGAAUCUCUACUCUUGAAACUGGGCGUGUCUAUACUCACUCUUACCCAUUGCUAGUCCUUCAACCUUCCGGGGUGAAGAAGAUGGGGGAAUUGCAUCUGGCAGUCCGGUUUUCAUGCACAUCAAUGGCAAACAUGAUGUUCAUAUACUCGCGACCCCUUCUGCCUAAAAUGCACUAUGUGAGGCCAUUGACUCUAAUGCAGCUCGACAUACUGCGCCACCAAGCUGUCAACAUAGUGGCAGCUAAGCUUAGCCGGGCUGAACCCCCUCUCAGGAAAGAAGUAGUCGAAUAUAUGACCGAUGCUGAUUCACAUCUCUGGAGCAUGAGGCGUAGCAAGGCAAACUUUUUCCGGCUAAUGUCGGUUUUCAAUGGGUUACUUGCUGCUGGAAAAUGGUUUGGGGAAGUUUGCAUGUGGAAGAACCCUGUAACAACAGUGCUAGUUCAUGUUCUCUUUGUGUUACUGGUCUGUUUGCCAGAACUCAUCUUGCCAACGGUGUUUCUAUAUAUGUUCCUAAUAGGGCUUUGGAAUUAUUGGUACCGGCCUAGGUACCCUCCUCACAUGAACACAAGAAUAUCUUAUGCUGACGCAGCGCACCCUGACGAGCUUGAUGAGGAAUUUGACACAUUUCCAACAACACGGAGUUCAGAGCUGGUCCGUAUGAGGUAUGAUCGACUAAGGAGCGUGGCUGGAAAGAUUCAGACUGUGGUGGGGGAUUUGGCUAGCCAAGGGGAGCGGAUUCAGGCGCUGUUGAGUUGGCGAGAUUCACGUGCCACAGCUAUAUACGUGACAUUCUGUCUUGUGGCUGCCAUUGUAUUAUAUGCAACACCUAUCCAGGUACUGGCUGUCAUGGCAGGAUUUUAUGUGAUGAGGCAUCCCAGGUUUAGGCAUAAGUUGCCAUCAGCACCGCUCAAUUUCUUCCGUCGGCUGCCAGCAAGAACUGAUAUUAUGUUGUAAGAUCACGCGUUUCUAAGCCUCAUGGAAAUCAAGGAUCAGACCAAUAUAUGCCCAACUCACCCUGGUCAUGUUUUGGCACUCCCAGAGCCUUCCAAACAGCCUCAGCGGCGUCGACAAUAUUGUUAUCACAUGGAGGCUGGUAAUCGUGGUCUGCAUCACACCCCAUCGUGGAGUCACAUUCAUCAACCACCAUGGCCUUUACACUCCAGCCAUUACCAUAAAUAGUAAUGUUCUUCAAGCACCUCUGUUGCUUAUUGAACCAACCUGUGGACAGUGCCACCACAGGUGUGUCAUCUGAGUGGAACUUAUUGUCACAUUUUGAUGGUCCACCACCGUCACCAUUCUUCUCAAAGCUAUUGAGUGUCAAGACUGCCUUUGUACAACCAAACACGCGUGGUGAGCACUUGUAAGUGUCAUAAUACUUACCUUCUUCACAGCACUCGGAUUGGCUCUCCUUGUUGCAUUGCUUUGGAG